AUGGAGCGGCCCACGGCUCCGCCACAGGCGCCACCGCCGGUGUCUCAGUCUGCGCCAUUGAGCCCUGAGACGGCUCUGGAUGGUACGCCCAGCGCGCUGCACCAGGAAACACUCCUCACUGACGACCCGGGUCUCGGCGAGGAGACAAACGCCUUGGUGCGCUGCAUCAUUGCCAGGAUGGUGAAGGUCCAGAACAGCCUGGUCACGAUGGAGAGCCCUUGUGAGACUGCCGCAACGACAACAGCUGCAGCGGCGCCCAGGCUCAGGGUGCUGCAGUGGAAUGUGCAGGGCCUGCGCCCCAAACGCCAUCAGGUGCUGCAGGCCAUCGUUGAAGAGAGGCUGGACGUCCUCCUCCAAGAAACCCUAACGCCAGCUGACUUCCAGUGGAGGGUGGCGGGCUUCACGCUCCACUCCCUACCAGCCACAGCGGAAGGCUCCCGGGGCUGCCUGGCGCUGGUGAGGAGCGGGAUACCACACCGCCGCAUCCUUAACCCAGUGCAGUGCGGGGAUGGAGUGGAGGUCAUGGCCCUGGAGUUGCAUGUGGGAGGUCUUUUGGUCCACGCCUACAACAUCUACAGGAGUCAGAGACACGAGCUUGAAGCCGGGGAGCUGCUUGGCCUGGCAGCGCAUACAAGUCUCCUGGUGGCGGGGGACUUCAACGCCCACCAUCCCUCGCUGCAGUCUGUGUCCUCCACCAACGCGACGGGUCGCCAUCUGGCAGCAGUGCUGGAAGAGGUUCCGGAGAUCAGGCUUCUCAACACCGGCGAGUCCACUCACGUCCGGGGAGGGCGGCUCGACCUCACCCUGGUGUCCAGUGACCUGGCGGCUGGCGCUACCUGGCAGACGCACCCCACCCUCACCAGCGACCACUACGCUACACUCACCACCCUCGCUGUGGCCCCGCCUGUCCCGCCACGUCCCCAACCUAGGUGGAACACCAGAAGAGCGGACUGGGGCAGGUUUCAGAGGACACUCGACAGUUGGUGGGAGUAUGAGCCGCAGGGCGACCUACACCAGCAGGAACAGGACCUGACGGCAGCCAUCCAGCAUGCAGCGGACGCAGCCAUCCCCAGAACCGACCCGGGUCGCCGCCGCCGCCCGGACUGGUGGUUCUACACCGAGGAGGUGAGGGAACACAACCAUAGAGUAAACUUACACCGAAAGCUGUACAAGAAGAGACCGACCCCCUCCAACCUGAGGCUCCUGCAGGACGUGGUGAGUCGCGCGCGGGAGGUGUCUCAGCGGGCCAAGGAGGACAAGUGGCUGGAGUGUUUCCGGUGCCGCCCGGCCGCCCACCCACAACCAAUCCGAGAAGCUGAGAGGCUGGUCGACGAUUUCACUUCCCGUGGCGCCAGCACCCAGCUCCCUCCUCGCACACACCGCCUCCAGCAGCGGCUCAGGCCGAACCGCGAGGAGGUGACGAGGGAGGCGUGCGAAACCGCCGACUUGACCGACCAGCCCUUCUCUCUCCAAGAGCUGGACAGGGCACAGAAAAGAGGGCGUGACACAGCGGCGGGGGCGGACGGCGUGGUGUACUCGAUGCUGGCUCAUGCCGGGCCAGCUGGGGAAGCCGCGCUACUGUCACUGCUCAACGCAUCCUGGCUGGCGGGGCGCCUCCCUCCCGCAUGGAAGGAGGCCGACAUACAGCCCAUCCCAAAGCCUAGGGAGCCCGGGAAGCUGAGACCCAUCUCCCUCACCAGCUGCACCGCCAAGACCGCCGAGAGAAUGGUGCUGUCUCGCCUGCAGUGGCGCGUGGGGAACCUCCAUCCUCACGUGUUUGGCUACACACGCAGGGUGAGCACAGCAGACAGCAUCAUCACCCUCCUGACGCAGGCUAACCAUCGCCCCACACUCGUAGUCUUCCUCGACCUGGAGAAGGCUUUUGAGCUGGCCAGCCCCGACGCCAUCCUCAUCGCCCUCGUGGAGAAGGGGGUGCGGGGAAGGCUGCUCGCCUGGCUCCGGGACUACCUCCACCGCCGCCGGGCUCGGGUCAGGUUUCAGGGCCACAAGUCCAGCUUCAGGGAGCUUGAGAACGGGACUCCACAGGGCGGCAUCCUCAGCCCGUUCCUAUUCAACAUCCUCAUGGAGCAGCUGGUGGCACUGCCGUUCCGUGAGGGCACCGUGCUGCUGAGCUACGCUGACGACCUUGCUCUUGUUGUCACGGGACGGGGCAACAGGAUGGACAAAGCUCAGCAGGCCCUGGACCUUAUCACCGAGAAGUGCGAGGCACUCGGCCUCAAGAUCUCGGCACAAACGGCCCGGGCCAUGGCAAUCAGGGCAGCCACUCCAGCCGGUCAACUGCAGGCCCAGGGCAUAGGAUUAGAGUGGGUCAACAGGUACCUGUACCUCAGUGUGGCUGGACUCACGACUCUCAUUCAACACCCAAGCCAGAUAAGUGGGUGUGAGACUCCGCGCCAGGCUCAACGUCAUGAGGGCGAUGACGAGGCCUGCCAGCAAAAGAUACUCGAGGUCGCGCAGAACUCCUCCUUGAGGGUCAUGCUGAGGGCGCCGAGAUGGUGCAGCGCGUGCGUGAUGCAGAGCGAGGCUGGACUGUUGCCCCUCGCCUCCAGGGUGGAGUACGUCCUCGCCUGCAGAGUGGCCAGGAUCCUCCUCCGAGACAAGGAGGGCGUGGCGCAGCGGAGACUGCGGACGGCCAUGGCACAAGGCAGGGAGGUGUUCCGAAACAACACGUGGCUCAUCCACACCACCUCAGCCGUCCACGGACUCACCCGCACACUCGGCUGGUGGCGGGAGGCCGAUGUCCCUGCCCUCCUUCCACCCCCGCCCCCGUGGGAACCGUCCAUCGCUCCCUUCACCGCCACGCCGAUGCCAGCAAGCAAGGCCCUCUGCAUCACCCAGGAGCUGCGGCAGCGCGCCCUGUCCAUGGCGCAGGUCACCGAGCCAGGCAGCGCCGUCUACUACACGGACGGCUCGGUGGACCCGGUGAGCGGCAGAACGGGCGCUGCUGCCAUCACCGGAGAGACGAGGCUCUUGUGUAGGACGGCUGACCACUGCUCUACCCUCCAGACGGAGCUGGCCGCCCUCCUCCUCGCCCUGGAACACGCCCAGGCCCGCCCGGAGUUGACCGUCGUCAUACACACAGACUCCCGGGCGGGGCUGGAAGCCCUGCAGCGUCCGCGCGUCACCGACAACGUGGGCCUCGUCACUUCCGUGCUUGGCAGCCUGCAGAGCCUCGCCGCGCAGGGAAAGUGCGUCAGGCUCCACUGGAUCCCCAGCCACGUGGGGGUACGCGGGAACGAGGCUGCGGACGAGGCCGCCAAGAGGGCCGCUGCGGGCCCCACAAUCACCAGACGAGUGCCGCUCAGCCUGCAGCAGACCAAGGCUGAGGCGAGGCACGUUGCAUCCUGGCAGGCGCAUCAGAGCCACCGGGAGCUAGAAGGCUGGAAGAAGCAGGCGGCGUGGUACUCCAUCGCCACCGGCUACCACCCCCUGGAUGACGCCCAGCAGCAUCCCAGGGCAGACGGUGUUCUGCUGCAGCGUGUCAGGCUGGGCUACAGCACCAGGGAGCAGCUCCAGGACGGUUUCCAGGGGCAGGAGUGUGCCCACUGCGGCAGACACAGCCGCCGCCCGCUGGUGCACUACCUGCUGUCGUGCCCGGCCACCGCGCGACUCAGGCCAGCCCCAGAGCCCGACACCCAGCCUGCACCCGGCGGCCUGCUGAGCAGCCGGGAGGUCAAGGCUGCCCUCCUGGUCCAGCGCUCGCCACCAGACCUGCUGCUCGAGGUGCUCAGGGCGGCACCUCCACCCCGAUGA